AUGAAUAUUCGUCAAGCCACGAUGGAUGAUAUGAUGGGGAUGCAGAACUGCAAUCUGCAUAAUCUCCCCGAAAAUUAUACCAUGCGUUAUUACUUCUACCAUGCAUUGACGUGGCCCCAACUUUCUUAUGUGGCAGAAGACGAAAACGGGAAUAUUGUUGGCUACAUACUAGGAAAAAUGGAUGAGGACCCAGAAGAUGGCGUUCCGGCUGGUCACGUAACCAGUAUUUCUGUGCUUCGUUCACACCGGCGUUUGGGUCUAGCGAACAAAUUGAUGAAACUCAGUCAAACCGCGAUGCGCGACGUAUUUGGUGCCAAUCACGUCUCUCUCCAUGUGCGUGAGUCCAACCGAGCUGCCAUCUCUCUAUAUACCCAAGCGCUAGGAUUUCAAGUGCAAGGUACUGAAGCUUCUUACUACGCUGAUGGCGAGAAUGCUCUUUCGAUGCGCCUCCUACUCAAGUAG